CGGCGCCCCGCUGACCCAGACGACUGUGGGCUUGGGGCUUUGCUGUGUUACACAAGCCCGCCCAGGAAGGGCGAGCGGCCCUCGUGCAGUGUCCGACUGCGCUCUGCGGAGCUUGGCGGCCCAGUGCCCUCGAGGGCUCGCGGACCUGAGAGAUGGCGUCAAGGAGGGACGCUCAGUGCUGGCGCUUGCUGUUGCUGCUUUCCAUCUCCGCUCUUCUCCCCGCUGUCACCCGGACCCGCUCCGCAACAGAAUUGGCUUCCCAGGGCCACCUAGACCUCACAGAGCUCAUCGGUGUGCCGCUGCCCUCAUCCGUGUCCUUUGUCACCGGCUAUGGUGGCUUCCCAGCCUACAGCUUUGGGCCUGGUGCCAAUGUCGGGCGCCCAGCCAGGACCCUCAUCCCAUCCACCUUCUUCAGGGACUUUGCCAUCAGCGUGACGGUGAAGCCCAGCAGCUCCCGAGGCGGCGUGCUCUUUGCUAUCACAGACGCCUUCCAGAAGGUCAUCUACCUGGGCCUGCGGCUCUCGGCGGUGGAGGAUGGCCGGCAGCAGGUCAUCCUCUACUACACGGAGCCCGGCUCCCAGGUGUCCCAUGAGGCUGCCUCCUUCCCGGUGCCCGUGAUGACCCACAGGUGGAACCGCUUUGCCGUGGUGGUCCAGGGUGAGGAAGCAUCCCUCCUUGUGGAGUGUGAGGAGCAAGGCCACGUCUCCUUCCCGAGGUCCUCCCAGGCCUUGGCCUUCGAACCCAGCGCAGGAAUCUUCGUGGGCAACGCAGGAGCCACGGGGCUGGAGAGAUUCACCGGCUCCAUACAGCAGCUCACCGUCCACCCUGACCCCAGGACUCCUGAGGAGCUGUGUGAAGCUGAAGAAUCCUCGGCAUCAGGAGAGGCCAGCGGGCUGCAGGAGACAGACGGAGUAGCUGAGAUGGUGGAAGCCGUCACCUACACUCAAGCCCCGUCUGAACAAGCAGAAGUGGAACCCAUCAACAUGCCUCCAACUCCAUCCCCUCUGUCUGAGGAUGCAGAGCUGUCCGGUGAAGCUGUACCUGAGGGGACUCAGGGGACCACCAACCUGAGUGCCUUCCCGCACAGCAGCCCUGAGCAAGGGUCUGGUGAGAUCCUCAAUGACACGCUGGAGAGAGUUCAUACUGUGGACGGUGCCCCUGUUACAGACACUGGCUCUGGGGAUGGGGCCUUCCUUCAUGUCACUGAAGAGAGUCCACAUACGGAGGAAGGUUUGGCAGCAACAGCAGCAGCUGUGGAGUCCGAGGUGACCAUCAGCACCACAGGGGAAGCAGAGACCAACAGUGUGCCCACCGAGGGGCCCACUCUCUCCAUGUCCACCAAGGACCCCGGGGAAGAGGUCACUCUGGGUCCAGAUGAUGAAGAAGGUUCAGCAGUGACAGCAGCAGAGGAGGCCGAGGUGCUCGUCAGCAGUCCUGGGGAGGCAGAGGCUGGCAUUGUGCCCACGGGGGAACUGACCCUCUCCAUGUCCACACAGGACCCUGGGGAAGGGGGUCCAGUCCAUGAAGAAAGUUUAACAACAGCAGUUACAGCAAAAGCACCUCUCAGCACUUUUGAGGAAGAAGCCAGCAGGGUCCCCACCGAUGGCCUGGCUCCACUCAUACCCACAGUGGCCCCCGAGCAAGUGUUCACUUCUGGUCCUGGCGAUGAUGACUUAGCAGCAGCUGCAACAGAAGAGCCCCUUAUUUCAUCUGGGGCAGAAGAGCUGAGUGGUGUUCCCCCUGAGGGGCCCCCACUGCCCAUACCCACAGUGGCUCCUGAAAGAGGGGGUGCUCCGGGUGAAGAAGGGGAGGGGCUUCCUGGCCCCCCUCCACCUACCAGGCCUGCUGGACCCACGGCAGGAGCAGAGACUGAGGGCUCCGGCCUGGGCUGGGGCUUGGACGUCGGCUCUGGCUCUGGUGACCCCGUGCGCAGUGAGGAGCUGUUAAGAGGUCCCCCAGGCCCCCCGGGCCCGCCUGGCUUACCUGGGAUCCCAGGAAGACCGGGAACUGAUGUUUUCGUGGGACCCCCUGGAUCUCCUGGAGAGGAUGGACCCGCUGGUGAACCUGGUCCCCCGGGCCCCGAGGGGAAGCCUGGACUUGAUGGCGCCUCUGGCCUUCCUGGAAUGAAAGGGGAGAAGGGAGCAAGAGGACCUGAUGGCUCAGUUGGUGAAAAGGGUGAUCCCGGCAGCAGAGGCUUACCAGGACCCCCAGGGAAAAAUGGACAAGUUGGCACUCCUGGGGUCAUGGGACCCCCAGGGCCUCCUGGACCCCCUGGGCCCCCAGGCCCUGGAUGUGCGAUGGGACUGGGCUUUGAGGACACCGAAGGCUCUGGAAGCAUCAGGCUGCUACAUGAACCCAGAAUCUCUGGACCAGUGGCUUCAGUUGGCCCCAAAGGAGAAAAAGGAGACCAGGGACCCAAGGGUGAAAGAGGGAUGGAUGGAGCCAGCAUUGUGGGACCCCCUGGCCCCAGGGGACCACCAGGGCGCAUUGAAGUCUUGUCUAGUUCUUUGAUCAACAUCACCCAUGGAUUCAUGAAUCUCUCAGACAUUCCUGAGCUCAUGGGGCCUCCGGGCCCGGAGGGCAUCCCUGGGCUGCCAGGAUUUCCCGGCCCCAGAGGACCAAAGGGUGACACUGGCGUGCCUGGCUUUCCAGGACUAAAAGGAGAACAGGGCGAGAAGGGAGAGCCAGGUGCCAUCCUGACGGGGGAUGUUCCUCUGGAAAGGCUGAGAGGCAAAAAGGGUGAACCUGGAGAGCAUGGAGCCCCGGGACCGAUGGGGCCCAAAGGACCACCGGGACACAAAGGAGAAUUUGGCCUCCCUGGACGACCUGGUCGCCCAGGACUGAAUGGUCUCAAAGGCGCCAAAGGAGAUCGAGGAGUCAUGAUGCCAGGCCCACCUGGCUUACCUGGUCCUCCGGGCCCCCCAGGACCACCUGGAGCUGUGAUUAACAUCAAAGGAGCGGUCUUCCCAAUACCAGUCCGGCCACACUGCAAAACACCAGUUGGUACCACACAUCCUGGGAAUUCAGAGCUCAUCACCUUCCAUGGUGUUAAAGGAGAGAAAGGAUCCUGGGGUCUUCCCGGCUCAAAAGGAGAAAAAGGCGACCAGGGGGCCCAGGGACCACCAGGCCCUCCUGUGGAUCCAGCUUACCUGAGACAUUUUCUGAACAGUUUGAAGGGGGAGAACGGAGACAGGGGGAUAAAAGGAGAAAAAGGAGAUACUUACGAAGGCUUCUCUGUGUCAGGGCCUCCGGGCCUGCCGGGGAGUCCAGGCCUGGUGGGCCAGAAAGGGGAGACUGUCAUUGGGCCCCAAGGACCCCCAGGUGUUCCUGGCCUGCCUGGGCCUCCUGGCUUUGGGCGACCUGGUUCCCCUGGGCCACCGGGACCCCCGGGGCCACCAGGACCUCCAGCCAUCCUUGGAGCAGCCGUGGCCCUUCCGGGCCCACCUGGCCCUCCAGGACAGCCAGGGCUUCCCGGAUCCAGAAACCUGGUGACAGCAUUUAGCAACAUGGAUGACAUGUUGCAGAAAGCGCAUUUGGUCAUAGAAGGGACAUUCAUCUACCUGAGGGACAGCACCGAGUUUUUCAUUCGUGUCAGAGAUGGUUGGAAAAAAUUACAGCUGGGAGAACUGAUCCCUCUUCCGGCCGACAGCCUUCCACCGCCCGCACUUUCCGGCAAUCCUCACCAGCCUCAGCUUCCGCUGACAUCCAUUUCAAGUGUCAAUUACGACAGGCCUGCACUACACUUGGUUGCUCUGAACACACCGUCUUCUGGGGACCUUCGCGCUGAUUUUCAGUGCUUCCAGCAGGCCAGGGCUGCAGGACUAUUGUCCACCUACCGAGCCUUCUUAUCCUCUCAUUUGCAAGAUCUCUCCACAGUUGUGAGGAAAGCGGAGAGAUACAGCCUUCCCAUAGUGAACCUCAAGGGUCAAGUACUUUUUAAUAAUUGGGACUCCAUUUUUUCUGGCCAUGGAGGUCAGUUCAAUACACAUGUUCCAAUAUAUUCCUUUGAUGGCCGAGACGUAAUGACAGAUCCUUCUUGGCCCCAGAAAGUCGUUUGGCAUGGCUCCAGCACCCACGGAGUCCGUCUUGUGGAUCAGUACUGUGAAGCCUGGCGGACGGCAGACGUGGCGGUCAUGGGCUUGGCCUCCCCGCUGAGCACAGGGAAGAUUCUGGACCAGAAAGCAUACAGCUGCGCUGAUAGGCUAAUUGUUCUGUGUAUCGAAAACAGUUUCAUGACAGACGCGAGGAAGUAACGACCUUCGCAUGAUUCCUAAGAGUUUUCCGAUCUUGCUUAUGUGAAGAGUUGACACUGAAAUCUAAAAUGUUUAAAUGUUGUAAAUAUUAGGGUUUUUUUUUUUACACAUUCGUCACGACAGCAACCAAAGAAAACAUACCUCAGUAUACUCAAAACUGAAGACAUAAAGGACUCAGACGAAAGAUAAAAUCUUACCCAUCUCUUGGUGCUAGAUUCUGCAGGAAACCCCAUGCAGUAUGAACACAUCCCAACAUGGUUAAGAGCAAGUUGAAAACAAAGGCCUUGGCUUUUUGCCCAUUGCAUCUUCAGAAAGUGAUUGCCUCUUUUUAACCGUUGUUGAGUGUAAGAUGUCCUUCAUGUUUUCUUACAAAGUCAGUGUUUAGAAAUGUUACCCCUUUCUAAGUUAUGUACAGACAGAGUGCUUUAUUCUUUAAUAUACAUCCAUUGUUUGCAACUGCUAUUCAUAAAGAGAAACAGAACUGCUCAAAAUGAUCCUAUUUGUAUUUUCUGGUAUUACCAGACAUUCAACUUUUUUCCCUAAAAUAUCAUUGCCAUCAUGCCUUAGGAGUUUUAUAUUUUUACACAAUUAUAUUUUAGUAUGGCAUUGUUUAUAUAACUGACUUGCUGGAAAAGUUUAAAUGCCAAAUGAUCUGAAAAGAAAUAACAUAAAAUUUCUACCUUUCCUUUGGCAGCCCUUUUCCCCCUCCCCCAAGCCCUGAUUUUAUGACUCCCUUUUGGCAAUUCUUGAAUUAUAACUGCGAUUGAACAAACAA